UACACUAGAAGAAUUCGAAAAGACUUUGAAAAGAUUUUUAAUAGACUCGUGAUUAAUCAGAUUUCACAUAUUUAUGUGGUAUUUAUGUAGUUAUUGGUUGAAUAAGUGGCUUUGUGUGUAAACUGCGGGUAUUUGGAGUCAACUUUAGUCUUAAAAAGAAGAAAAGUAGGGAAUAAUCACUAUUUAUUGCAGGAUAUAUGUGUGAUUAAUCAGAUUUUAUACAUUUAUGUGGUAUUCAUGUAGUUAUUAAUUGAGUAAUUGGCUUUGUGUGGAAACUGCUAGUGUUUAGAGGCAGCUUCAGUCUUUAAAAGAAGCAAAGCGGAAAAUAAGCACGAUUAAUCGAAGAAAAUAGUUGUGAUUAAUCAGAUUUAAUGUAUUUAUGUGGUAUUUACGUAGUUCUUGGUUGAAUAAGUGGCUUUGUGUGUAAACUGCAGGUAUUUGGAGUCAGCUUUAGUCUUAAAAAAGAAGAAAAGUGGGGAAUAAUCACGAUUAAUUGCAGGAAAUAUGUGUGAUUAAUCGUAUUAUAUAUAUUUAUGUGGUGUUUGUGUAGUUAUUGGUUGAAUAAUUAGCUAUUUGUGGGGAAACUGCGGGUGUGUGGAGGCGGGUACCGCUGGCCGGUGGGGAGUGCUCGAGUUCCCGGGGCGCUCCGGCCGCUGCAGCCGCUGCAGCCGCCUGCCCUGAGGGAGAACCAUGCCGAGUUUCGGCUCAGCUCCAGAGCUUUGUGGAGCUAUUUAAAUGAGCGCCGUCCACGGCAACCGCGGGACACGGUCUUACAGCAGCUGCUGGGGUUAUGAGAGGUCUAAAGUGCUGGAGGAGACGUUAAUUGACAUGGCCUUCACGCAGACUGCUGCUGCUGCUGCUGCUACUUGGUGACUCAGGCUGAUGGUUCUGGAGCUGAUAAGGAAAUGGCCUUACAGUGGACCCGUGUGAACAGUGCUGAGAAGAAGGUGCCGCACACUCGCAUUGAGGAUGAGGCUCAUAUUCAGCAAAUCUACUCCUUCGGGACGAAACUGGGUCAAGGUAGCUUCGGGGUCGUCUGCGAAGCCACUCACAUCGAGACGCAGAAGAAGUGGGCCAUUAAGAAGGUGAACAAAGAGAAGGCUGGAAGUUCUGGGGUGAGGCUGCUGGAAAGGGAAGUGAGCAUCCUCAAGCAAGUCAACCAUGCGCAUAUUAUCCAUCUGGAGGAGGUCUUUGAGACGCCGAAGAAAAUGUACCUGGUGAUGGAGCUGUGUGAGGGAGGGGAACUGAAGAGACUCUUACGCAAAAACAAGCGUUUCAGCGAGGAGGAGACCAGACACAUCAUCAGCAGCUUAGCCGAGGCUAUCGUCUACCUUCACAAAAAAGAUAUCGUUCACAGGGAUUUAAAACUGGAAAACAUUCUUGUGAAGAGUUAUCAGUCUGACCACGACAGUGACGACAAUGAUGACGGCGGCGAGCGCACAGUCAAUAUCAAGGUCACAGAUUUCGGAUUGUCCGUGCAGAAAGGAGGAGUUGGCAGUGAGAACAUGCUGCAAGCCACUUGUGGAACACCUACCUACAUGGCACCUGAAGUGAUCAAUGGCCACCAGUACAGCCAGCAGUGUGACGUGUGGAGCAUCGGUGUCAUCAUGUACACGCUGCUGUGUGGAGAGCCUCCCUUCAUAUCCAGCUCUGAGGAGCGUCUGUUUGAGAUGAUUAAGAAGGGAGAGCUCAGCUUCGCGGGUCCUGUGUGGGAAACCAUCAGUGAUGCAGCCAAGAAAGUGCUGUGCUGUUUGCUGAAAGUAGAUCCAGCUCAUCGCAUCACAGCCAGCGAGCUGCUGGAUAAUCCCUGGGUCAGGGGCGACACGUCCACGAACGCCACCCCGACCAACGUGCUGCUGAUGAUGCAGCAGUUCCGGGACGCUCCAGAGGAUGGCGAUGGUGAGGAGUUGAGUUCGGGCCUCAGUAGCUUCUCCUUUAGCCACUCACAGGAUGGCCUGGCUGAACGGGUCACUUCUCUAGAACCUCCUUCUGGUUCUCCAGGUCCGGUUCUAGCUUCAGUUCUGAACACUGAUGAAGAUCCAGACAGCAGCAGCAGCAAACCAUCUACGCCAACUAAACAGUGUAUAAAAAAGAAAUCCACCCAUUCUAAUGGCGUGAAGAAGAACAGACCUUCAGUGAAGAUGCUCAACUCUUCCGGCGGCUGGUCCAGCGCGCAGUCCCACACAGGUAACAAACCCGCCGCUCAGCCGAGUGCAAAGCGCCACGCCUCACUGGACAAGAUGGAGAGUGUCGGCGGUGGCGGCAGCGGCAGGAACAGCGACAGCAGCGGCGGCAGCAGGGCCCCCUCUCCCAAACCAUCAACGCCAACCGCAUCGACCUGCCCAGGCAAGUGCGAGAACCACGCAUCCACGUCCACACGCACUCCAACAGACCACUGCCCCUGUAAACCAGCCUCCACUCAGAGGGCCAAGAAGAGCUGCUAGGCCUCAGCAGCGGCAGCAGCAGCACCAGCCGCCGAGGCUGGCACUGGGGCUGGCGGUGGGGCUGGCAGUGAGGCAGCCACGGCAAGUGCCAAAAGAGAGGAGCACCGUGGCUGAGCCCGGGGUGUGCUGAGGUGUUGCGAACACGUUGGACACAUAAGAGAAAAAGAGAUUCUGAGGCAGGGCAGGUAUAAGUGGCCCAAAUCCCAUUUCUUUCCUCCAAAUCCGGUGUUUAAUUAUCUUUUUAAUUUGUAAAACAGUUAUUUUUUGAGAGUUUUAUAGAUAAUAGAUAACAUGUAGAAAUAUAGAAAUAUAGUACAUAAGAGGGCAGAGAAAGAGAAAAAGAUUUAUUAAAAAAUACAAAAAUAGGUCGGCAACAGAAAUAAAUGUAAAAAUAAAGUUUGCCAGGCAAGAUUCGGUAGUAGUAAACACCAAAAACAGGUCGGUCAAAGGCUAUAAACAAAGGAAAUAUGUUGUAGAAGAGCAAGAUUACUAGAUUCAAUACAAGACAGACCAGGUGAAAAGAAUCAGUGCCUGGGAGAGCGGGAAUCAGGGAAGUCCGGUGUGAGUGAGUGCAUGCUGGGAAUUGGAGUCUUUGUUGCAUUGUUCAGAGUCCAGAGCAGACAGACAGAAUCAGAAAAAAUCAGGAAAUCACUUUUUAUGGUUGUUAUUUUAUGCAAUAAAAUUCAUAAGUAUUUCUAUAAGUAUUUGAUACACUACCGACUUUACCCACUUACAACGAAUGGAGACGUUUAUGAGAUUUAUCGUAGGAUCGUUUCAACUGUGAGACAAAAUCUAAAAGACAAAAUCCAGAAAAACACAUUGUAUGAUGGUUAAAAAAUUAUUAUGCAUUUAUUAAAUAAAAUAAGUAUCUGAUAUAAGAAAAAACACAGAAGACAGAAGAGCCAGAAUUCUUGUUGGUUGGUAGAUGAUCAGAUAUUAUUUAAUGUAAUAAAAUGCUGAUUAAUUAUAGAACAAUCAUACAAUGUGGGUUUUGUUUGUUAAAUUUUGUUGUCUCUUACAGUUCAAGUGAUCCUACGAUACGAAUCACGAUCCAAAUUACAGUGAAUAGCCCUAUUCAAAUAAUGUUCUAAUACAUAUUAUGGCAAGAACUACUUAACUAAGUAAAGAAAAAAAAUGACUUUUUGAAGGUCAGUCAAUGCGACAAAUUUCAAAUACUUUAAAAGUAUUCUUCAGUGUAGUUGCAAAACGACCAUCAACAAUAUUCUGAUGAAACUGGCACUCAGGAAAGGAAGAACAAAGAUUACCUAUGGUUUACCAGGCUUAUAAACUGCACAGGUUUCUGCUGCAGUGGCAAAGGAAAAUGAAAAUUUAUUUUUAAAGGACGCAAAACUGACGAAGUGGGUGUGGCCUAAAUAAUAACGAAAUAAUAUUGUAAUUUUAUAGUGAGCUGAAACACAUUGUCGGUGGUAAUCCCAGACAAUUGCAGACAAUGGAACUGCUUGAUCACUCCUGUGAUGCUGGAGAAGAUGAAACUGAAACUUCACAUGAAGCUCAGUUCUUUACUGUAUAAGCGUUUUGUCAGAUAUACAGUAUAUCACAUUAAAAAGAUGAACAGUCUAAACAGCUUAAAAUAAACAACAGAUUUGGUGCAAAUAUCGCUUUAAUCAGCCAAGUAUACAAAACUAAAGAAGUGUGAUGCUGGAAAAGAUGAAACCGAAACUUCACAUGAAACACUGAUCUUUAUUUCACCACUGAGCUUCAGUUUAGGAGAGUGAAGAAUGAAGAAUGAAGAGAACACUUCAGUUUCUGAAUCAGUUUCUGUGAUUUUGCUAUUUAUAGGCUUAUGUUUGAGUAAAAUAGACAUUGUUGUUUUAUUCUAUAAACUACAGACAACAUUUCUCCCAAAUUACAAAUAAAAAUAUUCUCAUUUAGAGCAUUUAUUUACAGAAAAUGAGAAAUGGCUGAAAUAACAAAAAAGAUGCAGAGCUUUCAGACCUCAAAUAAUGCAAAGAAAACAAGUUCAUAUUUAUAAAGUUUUAAGAGUUCAGAAAUCAAUAUUUGGUGGAAUAACCCUGGUUUUAAAUCACAGUUUUCAUGCAUGUGGCAUCAUGUUCUCCUCCACCAGUCUUACACACUGCUUUUGGAUAAAUUCAAGCAGUUUAGUUUGGUGGUUUGAUGGCCUGUGAUCAUCUAUUUUCCUCUUGAUUAUACUCCAGAGGUUUUCAAGUUGAUAAAAUAAAAAAGAAACUCAAAGAAAGAUGUACAGUGUGAACAGCCUAAAAUAAUAAUAAUCAGAUUUGGUAAAAAAGAGUAAUAUUUGGGCCACUUUUACCUGCUGUCUGAAUGUACCAUCACUUUUAAAGCUAACCUCUACCUCUGGUUCAGGUGAGAUCAUGACUGAUGGCUGCAAAGAGACUAGUAGCCCCUGAUUUCCCAUGGACGGACUUUUUGUGAAGGAACUCCACGUAUCUCUCAUCUGUCAAAGAUAACGUAUUUUAUCCUCAGCUCCUUUUUUAACUCGGAAACUUGGAAACUUGGAGAGAAACCCGAACUCCUACCUGCUGCUUCAGGUCUGUGGACUUGAUUUGAUUGGCUGUUCGAUUGACAUGAGCUCGUCUAGCUGUAGCCUCAUUUGCCUGACCUUCUGCCAGCGAGAAAAACACACGUCUUUGAGGCACAUUAAUAUUAGUAUUUGUUUGAUACCACUUUAAAAUAACCCUACGCUGUUAUAAAGUGUUUAUAAACUGUUUAAAAUGAGAACAAAAAUAGCUAAAUUAGCCAUUAUAGUAAACUAAGGUUAAUUUAUACUGUAAAACCUUUCUGUGCUUUAAAGGAGAACUAUAAAAUGUAAAAUGUUUGGACUUUUAGUGUAUUAAAACAUGAUAAAGAGUACUAUCUAAUCUUUGUUGAAUAGCUCACCUCCGCUCUCCUGCAGCUUUCCGAGAUUCAGCAAUUUUGUGCAGUUUCUCCAAACCUGUUUUAGAACGGAUGAAAUGGGACAUAUUUUGCCCCUGCAGAUAAAUAUCUUUUACACUGUUAUUCAAAGUAGCUCCACACUUAAUUUAUUAUAAUCUGGAGAGCCCUUACAUUUAAAAUGAGGCAUUAAGAACUGCACAAAGUGCACAAGAAGCUUAUUAAAAACUGUCAACGCUAGCUUCAGCUCUGAGCGCCGCCAUCACUGUACUGAUCAUGACUUUACUUUAAUAUGGCAGUGCCUGGAGAUUAGGUGAUGCUACAGGUUGUAAACCUGUAAGUGUUUUUAAUAAUAUUUUGUGCAGUUUUAAAGUUGUAAAUGCCUAAUUUUAAAUGUCAGGGAUCUCCAGAUUCUACCAAUGAGGUGUGGAGCUAUUUUGAGCUUGAAUAACGGUGUAAAAAGCGAUUUAUCUGUAGGUGCAAAAAUAUGCCCCAUAUCACAUCAUUAUAUUCUAUUGUUUUACUUAAUGCUGGACAAUAUGGCCAAAAUUUAUGUGCAUUAUACUUAUAAUUUCGUUUGAUACAAUGUAAUUCUGAUAUCAACUGCAAAUAUUUAUUUUUGACCAUAUUUUAAACCAAAGUUUCAAAUAAAGGCCAAAAUUUUCAUUAAUACAUUCUGAUCUGAAGACUCUUAUUAUGUAGCAAUAGCAGAGUAGCCAGAGUUCAGCUGGCUAACAGCUAAUUGCCAAUGCUAACUGUUUUCCAAGCUCUAGCCUUCCCAAGCCCUAGUUGUACUGCAUAGUUCCAACUUAAAUAAUACCCAUUAAUAAACUAUUGUUAAACCAUUUAUAAACACUUUUUAAGGGUACUCUUAUUUUAAAGUGGUAUCGUUGGAUUAAAGGGGGUUUAAGGGGGUAUUGCUUCUUCCUGGUUUCAGGGGAAUAAAGAAUGUAUUAAAGGUUUACAGGGUUUCCUAGAGGUAGUUUUCCUUCUUUUUAACUUUGGAACCAAUUCCACAAAGUCUUAAAGGACGUCGCACACCGGACACGCCACGUCUUUACGUCUUGACAAUGCAUUUUGAUAACAAAUAAAAGUGAAAGAACUUUAAUGGGCAAUUUGUUUACCAUAUUUUUCGCAUUGUAAGGCACAACGGAUUAUGAGGUGCAUUUUAAGCAACACUAGUAAGGAGCAAAGGUGUCAUCAUGAUCCCCUACUAAUUCAACAGGUCUCGCCACUGGGUGGUGGUGGUGGGGGAUAGGUAACUAAGUUAGGUAAAGCUAAGCUAAGUAAACAAAAAUGUGAUUCUUUAAAAAAAGACUUUCUUUCAAAGAUAAACGAGUGCUGAAUGUUAAUCUACACAUAUUUCUCUCUUGAAAAAUGUUUAUUUGGGUGAGUAAAGCGCUUCAGUUAUUUACAGUAAGCUUAGAUUCCCAAAUUUAUCCAGCACUAAGGCUGGAGCAUUAGCAUUAGCAGCUAAUCCCGCCUGACAGCGCUACAAUUAGAAAACCUAAGUGUUUUGGUAAGCCAGGGCGAUAUUAGCUAGCGGUUCGUCCCACGUGUUUGAACCCCAUCCUGUAGAGGGCAGUAUUGCAUUUUUCUUAUUCUGCUGCUUUGUUUGGACAAGUAGUUAAAUAUUUUUCACUCUUUUACACUAUGAAAUAUCAUAUUGCUUUACACUAAUGUCUUAAAGGUCUCAUUCCAUCAUUUUUACAUUCAUUUUAAAUAGUUUUGGGGGAAAAAUGUGCUCCAGUGUUUCUGUAUAGCCCUGCUUUAGUUAACUAAAUUAGUGGUCUCUGAAGUAAGACAGGUUUUCGGAUCUCGCUCAUGAUUAUUCAUACAUGCAAACAUAUCGCCUCUGAUUGGCUAACAGCAGUGCAGCAGAGAAUGCCUACCUGCCUUUCCCCCACAGUCAAUUUUACAGCUCUAAAACUCAAAGGACAAAAUGUUUUCAGAGAUAGAGCCUGAGUUAUAAAGAUACAGCACUGACUACAUUUAACGUCAGACUCUCCGCAUCACGGGUAAAAGAAAUGCUAUCAAUGUCGCGGGAUGAGUGGAGGUCUCGGUAAUACGCAGAAUCAACCGGAGAUCCUAUUUAAACCUAUAGUUACUUACACAAGAUAGAUAACGCUAACUAGCUGCUGUAAACAGAGCUGUACACUCCUUUUUAGCUAACAAGACAGUGUCGGCUCUGCUGCAGCCCGGCUUCAGCUCUGCUCUGUCUGUGGGCGGUCGCAAGCCAAGGUGGUCGGGGCCAUUAAUACUAAUUCACGCGUUGAUGUAGACACGGUGCUUGUCCUGAUCGACUUGUUUUUCUGAAUAUUUUCUUUUACUAGCUGCUGCAGACAAUAAGGACGAGGUUGAGGAAGAGUUUCAUGUAGGGCUGCAGCUUUCCAUUAUUUUAGUAAUUGAUUUACUCUACUGAAAAAUCGAUUUGAUUAAUUGAGUAAUUGGAUUAAACAUUAAAUAAGAGAUUUUAUAAAAUAAGAAAUUUUACUUAAAAAUGAAUGAUUAAUUGGUUUAAUUUUUAAAUUCACAACAUACAUUUCCACAUUGCAAACACUAAAAUAAAUAAAUAAAACACAAAAUAGACAUAAAUACCACAAGUAAUAAUUGAAUAAUUAAUAAUUUAAUAAAUUAAAUUACAUUAUUUCAACUAAGGAUUGCUUGUAAGUAUUAAAUAUAGGGCAUUUAUCAAUAAUAAAGGCAUAAACAUUGGCUUUAUGUUGUGUAUCUUAGCUAAAUGACAGUACAGUACGUUCAUGGCCAGCUAACUUUAACACGUAUUUGUAUAUAAACUCCACAGCUCUGUGUUUACUGAUUAUAUAAAGUCUGUAUUACGUUUAGAACUUGUCUCUGUUGUAAUAAACUAACCACACACACACAUUAUACAGUAUUAAUAAUAAUCAGCCCUCCACAGCACUGUCGUUCUGUUAUUAAGGUACAUUAAUAACAGAAUUUAUAAGUUAAAUUUACCUGCUCUCCGCUCCAGAAACCUCCGCCUCCUCCACUUCCUGCUUCCUGUUUGUGGGUGACGUAACACUAAGUGCUGUUUCACAUUAAAAGUCCCCGCUAAAUUACGUGCUCUGCGUUUUAAAAUUAAUUAAACGAUUUCUCGAGGCACAGGAAAUUAAUCGAUCAAUUUUUUAAUUGAGUAACUUGAAUUACUCGAAUAAUCGUUUCACCCCUAGUUUCAUGUGCAGCAUCAUAAACAGCUCAGAGAGACCUACUGUAUUUUAGAAUACAAAAGAACAAGAAAAAGUGAAUUUUAGCGAAAGCAGACCUUUAAAAUCAUUAGUUUAAUCACAUUAUCCAUUAUUGUGCUCUCACUUUAGCGCUUCACUUUGCAUCGUGACAUGACGUGUCCAGUGUGCAACGGCUUUAGAGUUAACGUUUGCCACUUUAAUAAGCAGUAAACACUCUUUAAUACUCUGUUCUCUUAAAAGUAAAAGCUGAUUUAAUGUAACAAUGUCAAUGUGAAUGAAUAUGAACUGCUGGGGGGGGGGUGGAGAUGUUUUUUGCCAAAUCUUAAACUUGUCCAAUAAACCAAUAAACAUUAUUAAUU